UUUAUAAACAAAAACGUGAAAGCAUUUCCUACAUUCAGCAUUCCUCUCCAAUAAAUUAAUUUAAUUAACUUAAAUUAAGGUCAAUUCAUUCCUCAAACCGCACUACUCCUCACCUUCAUCAACUUACAGGAAAACCCCCAAAUUCGACAACGAUUUUUCUUCUCGUGUAUAAUAGAAUUAUGGAAUCUCCAGGAGAAAGAAGUGUGGAAGCAGUCGCACUAAAUAAUCCGAUCAUUCUCACAGAAAUAUUAAAACAAAGUUCCUCACCGUUGAAAAAUUGUCGACUAGUUUCCCACUUCUGAAAUGAAAUGGUCCUCUCCCUUCCAAACACGAGACUCGAGUUAAACCUGGACAGCAAUAAGGAUCAUGAAAACGACCCCUUUCUAUUUUUCGAACUCUGUUACAAGUUGGACGACCGACUUGCGAAACGGAUCAGUGCCAACACCUUACAUCGCACCGAGGGCACGUAUUCCUUCGCCGCCAAGUUGAUGCACGUAUGUGACAAAUUUAGCGAUCGAGUCCAGCUUUUGGAUUUGGGUAUUCAUGAUGAAGACUGUCUACCAUCCAUUUUCCAAGUUUUAAAAAAUUCCUGUCCCAAUUUGAAACAAUUACUGAUCACCUGUGUGUUCAACGAAGAAGAAUAUGUUCCCAGUGAAGAAAUUCAGGAGCUCCCACAAAAGCCAAAUUUGACCGUGUUCGAGCUCAAUUCUGAAGUCGUGGCGGCGUCGCCUACUCUGACCAGGUUUGCUCAGCUGGUCGUCAACGCCUCACCAAACUUGAGAAAGCUCGAGAUUUCAUGGGGAGUCUAUCCAGAUUUGGAAACUUCAAAAUCCUUGGACUCCUUAACCCUCCAUCUGGACGACGUUCGGCCACUAGACGUCGCUCUGAGAGACCUUAAACCGUCCGAAGUUACACGCAUGCUGGGUCAAGUCGGUGACCAACUCGUCCACUUGGCUUUUGCCUAUUGCCGCUUCCAUCAAAUGGACAGCAUGAAAGAGAAGUACAAUCUCGAUAACUCGACCCAACGCGGAAUCCGUUUGCCGGGAAAGAUGUCGAAACUGCGAACCUUCCAGAACGUCAUUAUCGACUUUAUUCAGCAUGCCGAUUUCUGGGAAGAUAUCGAAAGAAUGCCCGUCCUAGAAUCGCUUACGAUUGGAAAGGUGUCUAAAACGAAGACAAGCGUGGAUACAAUUUUGAAAAAUCUGCCUGAAACGGAUUUUCGCAAAAGUUACGAAUUUGUGGAUUAAAGAGUUGUACGAUCCCAGACUUCUGGGUGGAUUGAAGAUGGCGUUUCCUAACUUGAAGAUCUUGAUGGUGCACAGCAUGCAUAAGAAGAAGGAGGGUGGGCUGGAGUUGGGCGUGGCUCUCAAGGCGUGUGCAGGUUUGGGCAGGCUGGACCGUUUGUAUCUUUGGGUCCCGACGUAUCCAGAACGAACCUGGGAUGCCAUUAAGGCUCUGUUGGAUGGCGCUGAAUUGUACAAAGAGCUGAAUAUUUUAAAAAUCAGGACGCACAGAAGGAAUCGUACCAGACACGAUUUGACAGACGGUGAGAUGGAUCUAUUUAAGGGGCUGCUCGUCGCGAUGAAAAGAAUGGAUUCGGUCAUUAUUCAUGAUCUUAAAUUUGGCGAUGAAUCUCAGAGAAAUAUAUUGGAUUUCAUGGCGUCAAACGAAAUGCCCGUGUCGAGAUUUAGAGUGGUACGAACCGUACCGUAUGAUGGUGGGAUUUAAGAUGGAGGGAUAUGUUUAUGUCUGCGAUUUCAAUAAUUAGAUGUAGCCGAGUUUUGUGGAGUUAUUGGCAAUCCUGGUUACUCACAGAUUUAGGCCAACCUGGUAAUUAUGAAUCGAUCACAAAUUCAAUUAGUAUACAAUUUUCAAAUGGAACUAUCUCACAGUGCUCAGGUUUGGAGGAGAAAUUUGCAUAAAAAUAUGGUAAAACAUGCCCCAAGGUAGACAGAUUUGACACUUUCCAACUUUCCAAUGUACCUUUUAUCCUCUUCGGAUGCAAAUAUCUCUGCUAAACUUGCGCAUUGGGAGAUAAUGCCACUUGCAAAUUUUAUAAUUCAAUUUAUGAUCGAUGGACACCAGUUUGGUCAAAAUCUGCGAGCAUACAUACGUUUGGAGACCUCCGUUGUGAGUUAAUAAAUAUUACGGAUACAAUUAUGUAAUAUAUGUAUGCAUUUGUGUAUAGACCGUUGUACAUGUUUCGUUUCACGUUCCAUAGAAAAUUUAUUCAUAUAAACUACACAUUUUUGUCAUAAGUUACCUUACUAUACAUAUAUAUAUCUAUCAAUAUAUACAUAUCUACAUAUUUAAAUGUAUACU